GAAGCUGAUCUUGAGUAACGUGGAACCAAAGAUCGCGCCGGUACCACCAUCACGACAGCAUGUAAACUCUGCUCUGCAGUGCAGUCCGGAGAUCUCGCAGCAGAUCAGCUAUUUCUCGUCGUAGACGCAUAAACAAAUGCGGCUCAUGUGCUGCACAAGCGCACCAAACAAAACGAUGGGAUCGAGGGCGAUGCGGAUUGCGAGUCCACGCAGAUUCCACAAUAUUGAAUCCUGACCCAACACCAAUGGGAGAUAAGCAAGCAACAUGGUCAGAUUCAUCUCAUCUAAUCACAAUUUGUUCUUGCUUGCAGAUCUGUAUAAUAAGGCAGAGAUGAAGCAAGUGCAGAAUUGGGCUAAAUUGGCUUAUCUGAAACUGGAACAAAGAAACAGGUGACAGGAGGAUGAUGGUUCGCUUCUUCCAGCUCCAGGCUGCUUCUGCUUCUCCCCUCCUCUCGCUGAAGCUGGCCUUCGCCGUCUCCUUCUCCGUCGCCUGCGCCUCCUCGUCCCCGCCUCCCUCGCCGCGGGCGGUCGCCGCCGACCUCCUCUCCGUGCUCGCCGGCCCGGGCGCCGCGGCGCGCGUGCCGGCAGCGGAGUCGGCGCGCCUGCGGUCCAGACUCCGGUUCCUCUCCCCGGUCGUCCCCGGCGCUGCCGAGGGGGCUUCUUCUUGGAGGAACGCGAGGAAGGUUCUUGUGGAGGGCUGCGAUGCGGCUGAGGCGGGUAGGAUGGUGAUGUGGCCGCCGGCGCCGGUCAUGGAGCUGGCGCGCCUCGCCGUCGACUCCGGCGGCGACCCCGCUUCCAUCCACCGCGCGCUCGACCCCACCAUGCUGCCGGUGCCUGACAUUCAGGAGGCGAAGAAGAACAAAUGCCAGCUCACAAGAACACCAUAUGGGAGGCGCUUUGCUAACAAGGACAUCAAUUCAUACUUGGCGUUUUUGUUUGAAUUGAUUGUGGCACAAGGACCAUCAGUGGGAUUAAAUGUAUCACUUAGUCGAUAUGAUCUCUUCCACGGGCACCUCUUCCUUGCUUCUAGGACAGGAAGGCUUGGAAUUCUAUUCCAUGCUAAAGAAUAUCCAGCAUUCGAUAAGGAAUUGUUCCCUUACAACUUGGGAUAUUGUCAGGCAGAAUCUAAUGUAGCCUACGAUGAUUCUAUAAAUUUACGCAACAUCCUUUGGUUAGCACCAUUGCCAUCUAAUGAAACAAAAGCUUGGUUAGCACCAGGUGUUUUAGUUGUCCUGGAUGCACAUCCUGAUGGGAUUAUCUAUCAAGACAUGAUACGUGAUUAUGUUCAAGUUGUUCGGACAGUAUAUGAAGAUGAUUUUGGAGAGGUCGCCGUUGAUGUCAACUAUCUGAAUGUUGCCAACGCCGCCCCUUCUAACAGAGUUUUCAUUUGUUGAAAAUUAACCAUUGUAUUAGCUACCUUCUCACGGCAUGAUUUCAUCCUUGUGGGAAGUAGAGGACACAUAAAGAGUCAGUAAAGUAGUGAUUUGCUUUGGUUUGCUUCUUGACGGCAUUUGCGUCCUUUAUAAUUUUUAGAUUUCAAUUUGAUUUUUUAGGGGAUAUAUAUUUAAUUAAAGAUACUUUAGGCUGUUUUUUUGCUUGCAAAGGCCAUCUCGUUCAUAUUUGGCAUUAGCUAUCAGAUUAUAUACGAAUACAAUGGAAAUAAAAUUACAUCU